UUCGAUUCGGUUCCAUCUGGACCGUCCAUCCUAACCGAACUUGCAAUCUGAGAGGGGAAGGGGAAACACGAAACGCUGCGCUGCGAUCGACCGGCCAAUCAAAUCCACAUAAUCGUAUAGAAGAACCCUCACAAUAUCUUCGUCGAGUCCUCCAGCCAGACAGCCAGCGCUACCGUUGUUUCUGUUGGGGCAAAUUGCGUUCCUCUCUGAUAUUCGAACCGGAAUCUGAUAUCUCGCCGUUGAUAUGUCUCAGGUUGAUAACAGAAUUUCUUCAGCAGCCAAGCGUGCUAGAACCGAUGGUAGUCGAAGGGAAGAUGAUUGGACCUGCCCUAGCUGUGGGAAUGAUAAUUUUUCAUUUAGAACGACUUGCAAUAUGCGUAAUUGCACUCAGCCAAGGCCUGCGGAUCAUAACUCAAAACCCGCUGCUAAGCCUUUCCCUGCCCCACAAGGUUACACGUCUGCUGCUCCUUAUCUGGGCUCUGCUGCACCCUCCUCAAUGUAUCUUGGUGUGCCACCCUAUGGUUCUUCUAUCUUCAAUGGAUCAUCCGUUCCUCCGUAUGAUGUUCCAUUUUCAGGGGGGUCAGCAUAUCAUUACAACUACAGCAGCCGCCUAUCUACAGGCAGCCCCUACAGACCUCUGCAUUUGUCUGGACCAACACCAUAUUCUAGUGGAUCCAUGAUUGGAAAUGGUGGAAUGUAUGGUAUGCCCCCUCCUAUGAUGGAUCGGUUUGGCCUGGGUCUGCCCAUGGGCCCUGGCCCUAUGGGACCAAGGCCAGGAUUCCUUCCAGAUGAUAAAGCUCAAAAGAAGGGCACAGAUGCUACACGUGACAAUGACUGGGCAUGCCCAAAAUGUGGAAAUGUCAACUUCUCAUUUAGAACUGUUUGUAACAUGAGGAAGUGCAAUACGCCAAAGCCUGGAUCUCAGCCUGCAAAGAGUGACAAAACUUCUAAACAAAAAAUGCCAGAAGGUAGCUGGAAGUGUGAGAAAUGUAAUAAUAUAAACUAUCCAUUUAGAACCAAGUGUAACAGACAGAACUGUGGAGCGGACAAACCAGCCGAGUCAAAGAAGUCCCCUUCACCUGCUCCGAAUGAAAAUAAUCAGUGAGUACUAGACAUAAUUGAGGGUUGAGAAGGUCCAGAGUUGUCAUCCAGCAUUGCUCAAUAUGGGUGUCUGAAAGUCAGUCUUGUCGUCGUGUUGCAGCGGUUAUCGAGUUACUCUACUUUAUCAUGAUCUGUGUCAAGUUGUAUUAACUGCUAUGGUAUUUAUGGUCUUUGUGGAUUGUACAAUGCAUCUUGUGUCCGCCAGUACCAUCUGGCAUGCGUUUUACAGGUUGAUUCUGGUUUCUAUUAGCUAGACCCUUUGCUUUUGGAAUCAAUUCAUCUUUUCUAGUCAGUACGUUACCACGUAUGAUAUGGUACCAGUUGGCUAUAAAGGUUACUGUAGUCCGUA